AUGAACGCUGUAGAUGGGUCAGACCACUACAGCAAGACUUCGGACGGUAAGCAUGACAUGGAGGGUAGAGGGCUAGUACCAGCGCUGACAUACGUGCCAGAGGCACCUGCAUCUCUCUUGACUAUCGUACUCGACACAAACCCUCAUGCUUGGGCUCUUCUUGCGCCAACGCUUCCACUUUCAGCAGCUAUCGCCAACCUUCUCGUCUUCAUAAACGCCCAUCUAGCCACAAACAAUGCAAAUACAGUUGCCAUAAUUGCUAGCCAUACGCAGCAAGCCGAGUUCCUCUACCCAGCACCCUCCUCAUCCAAAAACAUUCAAACGAACACCAACGGAACUAUCCAAAAUGGCACAGACGAAGACACCGAGAUGGCAGACUCCUCUCGCUCCUCCUCCCCCACCCAACCCGACAUCGCCGACGCAAAUCACUACCGCCCCUUCCAGCAAAUACAGCGCAUCCUCCUCACCUCACUCCAGUCCCUCCUCUCCUCCACGAGCCCCGACUCCCUCACCCCAACAACCUCCAUAGCGGGCGCCCUUACCCUCGCUCUCACAUUCAUCAACAAGCAAACGCUCCUCAGUUCCUCUCCCGCCGCACAACAAAAAUCGGCCGCUCCCUCCUCCGCCGACCCCACGAGCUCCACCAGCCCCUCCCUCAUUUCUCGCAUCCUCGUCCUCUCCGUCUCCGGCGACCUCGCGCACCAGUACAUCCCGAUCAUGAACACAAUCUUCGCUUGCCAGCGUCUAAACAUCCCGAUUGACAUCUGCAAGAUAGCGGGUGAUACUGUGUUCCUGCAACAAGCGUCCGAUUCGACGAAGGGAACUUAUAUCAAGCUCGAGCAUCCCAAGGGACUGUUGCAGUAUCUCAUGAUGGCAUUCCUGCCGGAUCAGACGGCGAGGAAGAUGUUGAAUGCGCCAACAGCCGCGACGGUAGACUUCAGAGCAGCGUGUUUUUGUCAUAGGAAGGUGGUGGAUGUGGGCUUCGUUUGCAGUAUUUGCUUAAGCACAAUUUGCUUGACUUGUGGUACACACCUUAAAUUGGGGGACUACGGGGCUAAGCCUGCCGUUAUGGUUAAGAGGAAGAAGAAGAAAAACAAGGAAAAGGAAAAGGAAAAGGAAAAGGUGUGA